AUGUUAAAAUCAUGGAGCUUUUGGUGCUUGGUGUCGCAGAGAAAAUGACUUUUAUUGUGAAAUGUCCUGAUAUGGCAGAAUGCGACACAGGAAGAUCCGCAUUACGACUGCUGGUGAAGUGCUACCAUAACAGGUGUCUUUUUGUGUGUGUGAGUGUUCCAGUCUGAACCAUGGAACAGUGUGCGUGUGUCGAGCGGGAGCUGGAGAAAGUGCUUCAUCGCUUUGUAAUGUACGGCCACCAGUCUGAGGAGAGGCUAGACGAGCUCCUGCGCAGCGUCUGCGAGAUUCGAGGACAGCUAGUUGCUUUCGGAGUACAAGAUGCAGACAUAUCAGUCCUAUCUCAGACUAUGGCACAGUGUUGUAAGAACAUCAAAGAAACAGUGCAGAUGCUAGCCUCCCGACAUAAGGACAUCCAUGGCAGUGUGUCAAAAGUGGGAAAAGCCAUUGACAGGAAUUUUGAUGCAGAGAUCAGUGCUGUGGUGGCAGAGACAGUGUGGGACACCCCAGAAAGACAGAAAUACCUGAGUGAGACCAUUGUGGAGCACCUGUACAGACAAGGGAUGCUCAGUGUAGCAGAGGAUCUUUGUCAGGAGUCUGGUGUAGUUAUAGAUAUGAGUAUGAAGCAGCCUUUCCUGGAGCUGAACAGAAUUCUUGAAGCUCUGAGGAUGCAGGACCUCAGGCCGGCACUAGAAUGGGCUGUGACGAAUCGGCAGCGCCUUUUGGACUUGAACAGCAGUCUAGAGUUCAAAUUGCACCGCUUGUACUUCAUCAGCCUGCUCAGCGGGGGAAUCGCCAACCAAAUGGAGGCCCUGCAGUAUGCCAGACACUUUCAGCCCUUCGCCUCCCAACACCAGAGAGAUAUUCAGAUUCUGAUGGGCAGUCUGGUGUACCUGCGUCACGGCAUUGAGAACUCUCCAUACCGCAGUCUACUGGAGACAAAUCAGUGGGCAGAGAUCUGUAACAUCUUCACCCGGGAUGCCUGUGCUUUACUGGGCCUGUCUGUUGAGUCCCCACUCAGUGUUAGUUUUGCAUCGGGCUGUAUGGCCUUGCCAGUGCUGAUGAACAUCAAGCAGGUGAUAGAGCAAAGACAGUGCAGCGGAGUCUGGACGCACAAAGAUGAGUUGCCUAUUGAAAUCGACCUUGGGAAGAAAUGCUGGUACCACUCUGUGUUCGCCUGCCCAAUCCUCAGGCAGCAAACCUCAGAGAGCAAUCCUCCCAUGAAGCUCAUCUGCGGCCACGUCAUCUCCAGAGAUGCCCUCAACAAAUUGACUAACGCUGGGAAGUUGAAAUGUCCGUACUGCCCCAUGGAGCAGAAUCCGUCACACGCCAAGCAGAUCUACUUUUGAUACGGCACACUUUCUUCACGAGUAAGGAUGAAGUUCCCUGGAGCUCUUUGCAUUUCCAGGACCAUUUGCUCUGGCCCUUUUUCCUCUGUCCCUGGCCUCUCGGCCUGUUAUUGUAAGCAUUAAGGUUUUAUCCCAGUGCUCCUCUGGACAGCCUUGGCCAUCCCGUAACCCACCUCGGACCUUCCAACUUUGCGUAGUAUACAGAGUCCAGCGGGAAUGGUCAGACUACGACCUGUAGUAGAGUGAGGAGUCUGUCAGUAAUGAGAGUAUCCUCAUGAAGAAGCACCUCUGAAAAAGGUUCAUUCAUUGAAACUCAUUUGCAAAUGCCCGCAGAGUUAUAGGCUUAUCUUUUUAAAGUAUGUAAUACUUUAUAGUGUUUGUUUUCUCGGCUUUAUCGACUGUUUGAGUUGGAUGACUGCUUCAUUUUUUCUCCUUUUUUGUGACAGAAGCAGUUCAAUGAUAAUGGAUGGGUGAGUGUGGGUAAAUGGUAUAGAUAGGCAGUGUCUGGUUUCAGAAUGGUAAUAAUAAACUUCUAUUAUACAUGACAAAAACCACGGAAAAACAAACUGUGCUGAAGGUUUAUUAUUUGCUGGUGAAGGGAACUGUGGAGGUCUCCAUCAAAUCGAACUCUUGAUUGUGACCCAUUGCUCCUCCAUAAUGUAAUAAAGGCCUCACGUAGCUUGAAAGUCACUGUUGGCUGAUGUAUCCAUUUGAUCAGUAAAACAAUUAACUCAUCAAUGGGGGGAACAGCUUUUUUUUUUUGUUUGUUUUUUUGGACUGACUGCACCAGCAAGAUUUUUCCUCAUUGUAGAAGCCAUUUGUCUUGUUCUAUGUAUGUAUUUAACAAACAGUGACAAAAAGGAAACAAAAAAUAUAUACUACUGUGAAAUGUGCUUUGUUUCUAUUUUUCAUUGCGACAAUGGCUCAUGUAAAAUAGUAAAUUAAACUGAACGGCAACGUGCGUAAUCAACACUACUGCGUAACUCUCAGAGCUAUCGACUCAACAGUUCACAUCACGGUUGUGCCAUCGAAUCACUCUGCUCUGCAUUGUGUAUCCUAAGCUUGCAAGCCAUGUGAUUUGGAGAUGUUAAAGUGGUGUGAUGGUAGCCGUAUGGUCUGACUUGCAGUGACUGUAGGCUUGUGAUUCAGCUUUACUCGUCGUGGGUGGGGGAAAGUCCUCUGAUCAUUGUGGCUGUUGUUUAAUAUAUACUUAGAAAAUUCCUCUGCUGCAUAGCUUUUAUUUGAGAUGGAGUCAUAGAAACAUUUAAAUCCAUACAUUUCCUCAGGGCUCAUUGUAUCACUUCAUACCACACUUUGCAGUUUUAAAGUUGUACAUUUAUAUAAGGAGUCUUGAACAAAGAUGACACAUAUUUCACUGGGUGAGGCUGAUAGUUUGGGGAUUAUAAGAGUUUGUAUAUAUUAUUCAGAUGGUGAUGUGCAAGCAUACACUGGGGGAAAAGCCUGUCACAAGGUCCAAGGCAUUUGGAUGUUCAAUACAAUAUGUUUAGAUGAUCAACAGUGCAAGUUCCCCGGUGUCCUCUUGAAAAUGGUGAUGUCACCUCACACUAUAGUGAGGCUAAUUUGUUUAGCAAGCACCGCACCAGCAUAGCUCACACUGACAAUGCAACAUUACACUCAGAUUUAAGAUUUUUAUCUGGUUUCAUUUGGAAAUGGGUUGAAGCACAUGUUUUGCGUGGACUUUCACUGAAUUUCCUCUUUUUUCUUUCUUUGGUUGACAAUCAUUCAUUGCUUCUUUGAGUGUUCCUUCGGAUAGACUGCUAGCGCUCCGUACUUCUGUCGUAUUAAUUUUGUUGAAUGUUUGCAUUUCCUGCUUUUGUGUGUUAAUGCAACUUUUAUUGUAAAUAUUUAUCCUCUAACAUGUUUCAUAUACUUGCAUCUGAAAUUAAAAUAAAAAUUUAUACUCCAAGUCAGCUUUGGAGGUGUGA